AUGUUUCAGUUUACUGUUGUCGUCAACGAUGUGGAGCUAGCAAGGGAGGCAUUUCUCAACCAGGGCGAGCAUACGGCGGCGCGACCAUUCCACUAUGUGCUGCAACGCUAUGACGCGGACGAUCGUGGUGUUAUGAACGGACUUGUGAUGAGCGAGGGAAAGCUAUGGAGGGAGCAUAGGAAGUUCGCGCUCAGCAAGCUGCGUGAGUUCGGCAUGGGGAAGGUCAGCAUAGAGAAGAAGAUCCAGGAGGAGGCGUCCGCCUGUCUCGCACAUCUAAGCAACACCAAAGGGGAGCCGCUCGAUCCACAGGCUCUGCUCAGCAGUUGUGUGUUGAACGUGAUUGCCUCCAUCAUAUUCGGUGCUCGGUACGACUACGCCGACCCUGCCUUCCUCAGACUUAACGACGACAUCAACACCAUCUUCCUUCAUACCGGCGUACAGGGCAUGCUUAACUUCUACCCUGUGCUGCGACACCUGCCGGUCUUCAGCCGCAUGCUGAGAGAGCUGGACGCGGCGUUCUUAGGAGUGAACAAGGAGCUGCAGAGUAACAUAGGCGAGCACGAAGAACAGGCGCCGGAGAAAGAGGGAGACGUGAGAGAUUACUUAGACGCAUACCUGCUAGCGCAGCGGCAGCGGGCGGGGACAGAUUCAACAUUCACUAGUUUUCAGCUGCUCGUCUCAGUACGCGAUCUGUUUCUCGCCGGAUCGCACACCGUCAUGACGACGCUACGCUGGGGUCUGCUCUUUAUGCUCAAAUACCCUCACGUCCUACGGAGAGUUCAGGCCGAGAUCGAUGACGUCAUCGGACGAGGAAGGCUACCUUGCAUGGCGGACCAAGACAACAUGCCGUACACGCGGGCGACAAUAGCCGAAGUGCAGAGAGUAGCGGACAUUAUUCCUCUGAGCGUGCCACACAGAACGACCACCGAGUUACAGCUAGGAGGCUACGUCAUCCCCGCCGGUACGGCAAUCCUUGCUAACCUCACGGCCAUCCUGAACGACCCGUGUCGUCGCGUCUGUCUAGGAGAGACACUCGCGAGAGUGGAGCUGUUCAUAUUCUUCACAAGCAUUCUUCAAAACUUCGACAUCAAGCUACCAGAUGGCGUUACCGAUCCGUCUAUGGAUGGAAACUUGGGCCUCGUGUGGAUUGCAAAUCCGUAUCUGUUGCAUUUCGACGCACGACAGUAAUCAACAAUGAUGUCAAAACCUCACGCCGUACGAGUGAUAACGUCUAGAACUUGCGAUUACUCACUUGCGAUUAAACUUAAUUAUUUUACAUUUUAACUUGCGAUUAAUAUGCGCUAUCCUACGUUAUAACCUGAUAUUAAACUGCGUUACCUCACGUUAUAACCUGCGAUUAAACUCUGUUGUCCUAACUUGUUACCUAUGAAUAAACGGCGUUAUUUUACGUAUCAUCCUAUUAUUAAACUCUGUUAUCCUAACUUGUUACUUGUGAAUAAACUGCGUUAUCUUACGUGUCAUCCUAUUAUUAAACUCUGUUGUCCUAACAUUUUACCUAUAAAUAAACUGCGUCGUCAUAUGCUUCAGCCUGUGAUUAA